AUGUCGCCCUCAAUCCCAGCCGCGAAGGUCGGCUCCGCGAAGGACAACCAGAGAGAGUCGACUGCUGCCAGAAUAUUGGGAGCCGGCUCCGCCGGUAUCGCCGAACUCAUCGUCUUCCACCCCGUCGACACUAUCGCGAAACGUCUCAUGUCCAACCAGGGCAAGAUCCAGGGCGCAAAACAACUCAACGAAGUCAUCUUCAGAAAGACCGCCUCAGAAACAGCCGUCAAACGAUUCUUCUCCCUCUUCCCAGGUCUCGGAUACGCUGCGGCAUACAAGGUCCUGCAGAGAAUAUACAAGUACGGUGGUCAGCCAUUCGUUCGGGACUACCUAUCGCAAAACCACGGCCAAGUUUUCGAUAACACUUUCGGCAAGGGCAAUGGCAAGGCGAUCAUGCACGCUACUGCUGGUUCGUUGAUUGGUAUUGGAGAGAUUGUUCUGCUCCCAUUGGACGUGCUCAAGAUCAAGAGGCAGACAAACCCAGAGGCAUUCCGUGGCCGAGGUGUUAUGAGAAUCGUGGCAGAUGAGGGCUUUGGUCUAUACCGUGGAUGGGGAUGGACAGCUGCCCGUAACGCGCCAGGAUCAUUCGCACUCUUUGGUGGUUCUGCUGCGGCCAAGCAAUACCUCUUCGCGCUUGAAGACUACAACUCAGCAACUUGGUUUCAGAACUUCGUCGCAUCGAUUGCUGGAUCAAGUGCAUCACUCAUCGUCUCAGCACCGCUCGAUGUCGUCAAGACUCGUAUUCAAAACCAGAACUUCGAGGUCAAGAAGUCCGGCAUGAAGAUCAUCACCGACAUGGCACGAUACGAGGGCAUGACUGCAUUCUUCAAGGGACUGGUGCCAAAGCUCCUCAUGACUGGACCAAAGCUCACCUUCUCCUUCUGGCUGGCGCAGACUCUCAUCCCAGCCUUCAACAAGAUGAUGUAA